GUUAUCUACUCCUUAUUUACGCCACCUGCAUGUCAAAAUGGUGAAAUAUAGGAUCCUGAUGAGUUGUGUGAUCUAAUGUCUGCAGAUCAGAGGUUUUUUGCAAGGUGCCAGCAGUAAUGACAUCCAAGACAAACCUGGAGGAUGUCGAUGUGUCGUGGUACGCCUCCAUCAUCCACAACUGCAUCCAGGAGGACAAGCUCAGCAAGCUCCGAGGCACCCUCAAGAAGUUCUCCAAAGAACAGCGCAAGCGGGUCAUCACCUACAAGAUCAAUGGCAAUGCACCUCUGUUUAUGGCCUGCCUGCAGGGCAAGGUCCAUAUCGGGAACUACCUGCUUGAUGAGUGCAUGGCGGAUGUGGAACAGAAAGGGGUGUACGAGGUGGAGGAAGACAGAUCCAGGCACCAGGUAACUCCUCUAUGGUGUGCAGCUGUAGCAAAUCGGCUUGAAGUCGUGAAGACGCUCGUCCAACACGGAGCUCACAUCAACAGCACAUCAGACACAGACUCUACCCCAGUGCGUUCCGCAUGCUACAUGACAAACAUCUCCGUGGUCAAGUAUCUCGUGGACCAUGGAGCCGACAUCCACAAACCAAACAUCAAUGGGGGCACCUGCCUGAUCAACUCUGUCCAGAGCUCUGAAUUGUGCUUGUUCCUUAUUAAGAAAGGAGCUGACGUUAAUGCAAGAGAUAACUCUGGAAAUCUAGCCUUGCAUUAUGCAAUACGCGAAGGGCGGUUAGAAACGGUAGAACUUUUACUGAAACACGGCUCCGAUUACCGUGCCAGGAAUGACUUCUGUGAUGAUUCUUUGCAGACUGCAGCAUUGAGAGGUUAUGGAAAUAUUGUCGAUUUUAUCAUAGAAAACACUGUACAGGAUUUGGUCAGUAUGAUUCAUGCUUAUGAACUUCUAGGCGCCAACUAUGUUGAUGAGAAGCAUGAUAUUGCAGGAGGCCUGGGGAUGUGGAAGAAGGCCAUGGCGUUACGCAUAGGUGAUCCUCGGAACAUUGUCCUCAAGGUCUUGCCCACCGACAGCCAGAUUGCAUAUGACAAUGCGAGGGAACCGCAGUCGUUUGAGGAACUUGAAGAGAAAGUUAUAGAUCCAGAUUCUGUGUACAUGCAAGCGUUGUUGAUUCGAGAACGAAUCCUGGGUCCAAAUCACAAAGACACAACCUUUGGCUUGAUGUACCGAGGUGCAGUUUACGCAGACACCCACCGAUACCAGCGGUGUGUAGAUUUGUGGAAGUAUGCAUUCCAACUGCGACACAAGAAGGUCGAGGCUCUCAACCAUGAGUGUCUGUUCACGGUCCAGGCACUUGUCAAGCUGUUCUGGGAGAUGCAGCUGGAGCUGGAAUCAGGGGCGACGGAUGAAAGAGUCCGGUUCGGGGAUGCCCUUGAGGUAUUUGACCUGCUCAUUCAACACAUCCGGAAUGGAGUGCCCAAAAUGGAAGAUGAACCAGUUCAACAGACUGCUGAGGAUUUCCAGCUCCUCAUGCAGCUGUCCCUUCAUCUGAUCCAUCUCUUAGCCAGACUUGAAGUCCCACCAGAAGAAAAACUGCCAUUCAAGCGUCUUGUCCACGAGCUUGUUCUUCAGGAUCCUAGGGGAACUGAACAAGAAAGUUUGCUUCAUCUUGCCGUUGAUCCCAAAAUCAGCCUCACCAGUGAGGAGUUUUAUUCUGCAUUUCCAGCCUUGAGUGUUGUGCAGGUGCUCAUCGAAUGUGGAGCCAAUGUGAACGCUGUUGAUCAGAGAAGGAACACUGCAUUAUACAACAGUGUAAAGUUUCUCACAUACACUGAGCUUCAUGACGAGGGUAUUCUGUACUGUUUGUUAAACCAUGGAGCGCAUGCCGAUAUGUGCAAUAACGAGGGCCAUAGUGCCCUUGACCUCCUGAAAUCUCAUGGGUAUCCCAUUUGCCCAAUGGAAUACUUAUCUCUGAAAUGUUUUGCAGCGCGAGUAAUUAAGAAACAUGGGAUUCCUUAUGAAGCAGAAGUGCCAGUUACUUUGUUACCGUUUAUUGCUAUACACGGAUAGUGGUUGAAUGUUCAGUCAGUUGUUGAAUACGUUGAGUGUGUAUUGUAUAUGCAUUGUGAUAUUUUGACGUCUUCAAUCAGUAUUCAUUAUUUAUUAUUGUACAUGAAGUCAUGUCUUUGUUCCUGUUGUUUGAACUGCUAUUGUUACCAUCUUCCCAGGUUGGGAUUCAAACACAGACUGUCAUCAAGACUCCCUUGACCCAUGGGUAUAAACUAUUUUAAAGAUUGUUAUAUGGCAACUGAGAAUGGAAACUGGGACUUUCCUUUUAAGUAGGGGUAGUGUUUGAAUUGUCAACAACUGAACAAAUAAUGAUAACAUUAUGGGAUAAAGGAAUCUCCACUUGCCAGUUGAUACCUGCAACACUUGGAAGAUUGCUUCAGUGCCUAUUUUUUCAUUACAAUGCAUAAAUUAACACAAUAAAUUCCUACAGGUUACCAUGGUUACAGAUAUGAUUCUGGAGAGGAAUUGGGCCCCAAUGCCCCAGUGCUUGAUAUAAGAGUUGAGUCAUCCUACUCCAACAAAGUAGAUCGAUGCUCUUGAUAAGACUACAUGAAAUAUUGACUGUUUUCACUGUAUGACCUGGCUGAUUAUGUGUGACCAUGCUCCAUGGGCUGAUUGUGUGUCAUUGUAUCCUGUCGGCAUGUAUUGUUGCUCGUUCUGUUGGUCAUUGCCUGUCUUGUCCAUUAUUGACAUCCAGCUGUGUGGAUGUAAUAUUGUUGACUGCCUAAGAGAGCUACCUUUUGAUAUUCUGGAAUGGGGGCAGGGAGAAUAAUUAAUUUCUCUUUCCCCAAAAAUGGAUUGUUCGCUGGACAUAUUGGAUGGCCUGAACAAAAUGUGUUUCGAUUUUUUUUUUAAAUUUAGGCUCCUUUGAUAGAUACAAAUUGUGUGUUUUGAAGUAGUGACCAAAAAGAUAGUGUGUCUCUUACAAAAAGCCCACCCUACCAUCUCAUACACCACCCCACCAUCUCACACACCACCCCACCAUCUCACACACCACCCCACCACCUCACAC